AUGAAAUGCACGUACCUGGGCUUUGCACCAAAUCAAAAGGCGCAUUUACUUGUUCAACAAGAAACUGGAAAGAUCCUAACCUCCCGAGACGUUGUAUUUGAUGAAGGAAUCGGAAAUCGUCAUUGGGUAAUACUAGAAACCUACAAGGACGACUCUAGCGCUGAAAACAAGCCAAAAUCCAACGCUCACAACUCUAACGCCAAAAACAAACCAAAGCCCAAGACUCACAACUCAAAUGCUGAAACCAAACCAAUGGAAAAUCCACCAGCAGCAGAGCCGGUAACAUUUCAACGCUCAACUCAACCCUCAAAACCUCCUCAACAGUAUGGGGCAAAUGUGGGCACUGAAGAUGCAUGGUUAAUGCAUAUAAACGCAAUGGUAGAGGCAUUUUACACUGCUCUAGCCGCUCCCCCAACAACCUUUGCUGAGGCAAUGUCCCGCGUAGAUGCUCAAAUGUGGAUGGGCGCUAUGAACAAAGAGUACAACUUGAUUACUAAGCACAGUGUGGGAAGACAAGUUAAGCAACCUAUUGGAAGAAAUGUGGUUGAAUGCAAAUGGGUUUUUGGGUACAAGGUAGGUCCAAAUGGCAAAAUACUACGGUAUAAAGUCAGACUGGUUGCAAAAGGAUACUCUCAGCGUCCAGGUAUUGAUUUUGAAGAUACGUCCUCACCUGUUGCAAAUUCCGACUCCACGCGUACACUCCUGGCCAAAGGUACAAGCAAAGAUUACAACAUAAUUCAGCUCAAUAUCAAGACUGCCUUCUUACAUGGCACAAUCAAGGAGGAGAUAUACAUGGAGCAGCCAGAAGGCUUUGAGGACGAUCCCGUGAAAUACGUUUGGCGGCUUGAGAAGGCACUAUACGGCCUCAAGCAAGCAGCGCAAGCAUUUUAUUCUCAACUACGCAAAGUUCUCAAACAGAUUGGGUUUACCUGA